AUGUUCAAAGCCCUGAUGGGCGGGGGCCGCUCGUCCUCCGAUGCCCGCAGCAGUUCGACUUCCAAAAGCAGUAGCCGCCGCCGCCGCACCGACUCGAGAUCCUCCACAGUGAGCCGCAAAUCAUCACGGGGUGACGACCGUGAUCGUGGCUUGGGUGAUCUAUCGACCUAUCCGUCUUCCGGUAACCGUAGCAGGCGGUAUGCCGCCAGCGCGACCGGCGAAUCCGUGGCUUCGAGCUAUGCGACAGCAGACCAGGGCUUGCCCGCUGAAUCCGAUCGUAUUGUGAUUGAACGCACCCCGAAACGCAGUGACUCCGACAUCACUGACCGUCGCACUGGGGAUCGGGACAAUGGCGAGAGGGAGGACACAUACGUCCGCAGGCGCGAGCGGGCAAGGUCCCCCAGUCGCGAGCGCGAGCGCAUGCGACUGGAACGGGAUGAACGCAGGAGUGAGGUGAUGUCGGGUGGUCGUGACAGUGAUCGUGCAGAGCGUCGACGGACACAGUCGGGCGAUAGUUACGCAACAGCGUUCGCUGAGGAUCCACCUACGUCGCGAUCGAGGAACGAAUACGAUAUCUCCGGUCUACCUCCCCACUCCGCACAUUCUUAUGACUCCAUCCCAAGCACCUCGGUGUCGGGCCUCCCAAAUGUGCCAGCAUUCUACGACCCUCAUGUGCAGCAGCAAUUUCCCGACCAGUUCCCUACAACCUUCGCCGAACCGUACAGACCGCCAAAUCCUGCUGGAGAAGCUGCGGACUACUAUGGCGAUCAAGGUCAAUCGGUCCAGGACCAACCCGGCGUUCGUCCGAAGCCUCAGAUGGUGAUUCCGAGUAGCCAAGCGCAUUUGAUGACGGCUUCUUCGGUACCGAACCCGCCACCUGAGCCCAGUAGCUUGGGUCAGGUUGGCGCUGCGGCUUCGUACUACGAUGACGAUGCGGUUCCGGUUUCCUCGAAUGCUCAGCAGGGCCCGACACAAAGCAUAUCGGCCCCGGCGACUAAGCCACAAAAACCACCCAAGCCAUUCGUCCAGGUUGCCGAGGCAUCACCGCCAGCGGUCGUACCCGCCGCAUCAGUGGCCACAGCUGAAUUCUCAGAGCCAGUGUACACAGAGUCUCCUUCAACCUACGCUCCGCCAAAUCCUCCGAUCGCACACAACCCAUCCCCUCCGCAUGGAAUGGGCGCAAGUGUUGGGGCGGCCGCUGCAGGAGCAGCAGCAGGUUACGUGAUGGGACACCAUCAUCAUUCCUCGAGUGUCCAUUCUUCUCAGUACACCAUGCAGAAUUACGAAGAGCUUUCCCAAACCGAGCUGGGUCACGGCGGUCUUGCGACAUACCCCCCUCACCAGGAGGCAGCACUUCAUGCAGCAGGAGUCGGGUACGCAGCAAGUCCACUCCAUCCGCAUCAUGCGGCUGUCUACCAUGGUGCUCCAUUUCAUUCUGGUGCGCUAGCCUUUCAACAACGUCAGCGUGGACCUUUGGAAAAAAUCAUCGAUUUUUGGCGCGAUACUGAAGCAGUGGGAAUGUUCGAGGACUAUACAGAGUCCAUCGGUAUCUGCAAAUAUUGUUUUGAGCCGGGCACAUCAUCUCGAGACGCACCUCGCAAGCAUAACCACGGUUCUGGCCGCAGUCAGGGCGAUCGUUAUAGCACGGCCUCCCGCAUCGAUAAAGCAAGCCGCUAUUCAUCUUCCGACGAUGAAGGGAGACGUCGCAAAAGGUCAUCUGGAAGCUCAUGGCUGCCUGGUUUGCUUGGAGGAUAUGCAGUCAAGUCGAUCUUCAGCAACAAGGAAUUCGACGAAAGUUAUAGUAUUCAAACAGGCCGAGUCGCGAGCUCACGGCAUUCCUCUCACAGCAGUGAGGGCGCGUCAACCUCUGGCCAACGGAGUCAAACAUCUCGUGGCGUGCAUCGUCGGUCUAAUCGCAGCAGAUCCCGUGAAGGGGCUGACCGGAGCUCUUACUCGGACACGAGAACCAGCAAGUACGAAACUAGCCACGUUCGCUCGCGUUCAAGGUCUAGAUCUUCGUCUCGGGCCCAGCGACACUCUGCCCUGAGAGAUGCAGCGCUGGGUGCUGCUCUUGGCACGGCAACUCUGUCCCAGGUUGAGCCACGUCAUGAGACUAUCACCCGAGUUACCUCGUCCAAGAACAAACAGCGCAAAACAUCCUCGUCUGACGAAUCGUUCGUUGACAUUUCACGGCCAGCUCGAAAGUCCAUGAGUAGUGGUCUCAGUUCCUUUUUCACAGCUUCAUCUGAGAAUCGGCAGAAGCAGAGGACCAAGAAACGCCGGGGAUUGUUUUCCUUCAAUAACUCGUCGUCAUCCUCCUUGGACGCGGAUCUUGCCUUCGGAAGUGGCUUCGCCAGGAAACCCAAAAACAAGUCCAACAGGCGGAAUCGGAAGGAGAGAGAUGUGGACACAGCAUUACUCAGUUUGGGCGCAGCAGCAACAGCCUUGGCCGCUUCAUCUCAUAGAAGCAGUCGACGACGAGGAGAGAUUCUUGCCGGCAAAGACCCUCGAUCGGGUCGGUCAGAUUAUGCGUCCUCUGCAACCAACGAUGAUGGAUGGGAAGACUUAGAUUCGGGCGACCAAUCUUCCUCAAGCGUCAACUCCGCUCUCGCCUUUGGCGGCAGUGGGCUGUUCUCUAGCAGUGAAUCUCAGCACUCGUCUGAUUCCCAGACAAACAGGUGGACUUGGGGAUGGGGAAGCAAGAAGAAGACAAAGAAGAAGAAGAAGAACAGGACAAGCUCCAGCCAAUCUGAACACCGCUUGCCUUCCGGUGCGGCAGUAGCUGCCGGGCUCGGAACGGCUGCCCUCGCAUCGGCUUAUCACCGAGACGCGAAGUCAUCCAGCCAUGGUGCCAAUAGCGUUGCAAGUCUUCAACAGAUGGCGCCAAUGCCCAUCAAUGAAUCCUCGCCUCACAACGAUUUCGACAUAUCGUCAAUGCCUCUCAAUCAGCCACCCUUAGUCCGACCAGGGCCUAUUCCCUUACAACAACCACAGCCUGUCACACCGGUUUCACAAGCUGUAUACACUAGUCAAGGGGAGUCUAUCCACGCGUAUAGUGCACCAAGCGGACUGCCUGUCUUCGAGGAGUCUAUCAUACCUCACGAAACAAGGUUCUAUGACCGGAGUGGUGAUCCUCGCACCAACAGAGUUCCAGAGUACGACAGGCAAAGCGAGAUGGUGUCAAAUGGUAGUCGCGCACACCGACGUAGCGACUCGUCACCUGUCUUCCCUACUGCAGCUCUCGAGGAAGCUCCCGUGUCCGGCGUGCAGCGUCGCUCCACAACCAAGGAACAGGCAUCUGUUCAGUUCGACCUCACAGACGAACAGGCGGACAAAGAGCGGCGUUCCACUCGACAGGAAGAACUGGGACGGGUUGCAGGAUAUCAGAACGGGGUACAGCUUGUUGAUCGAGAGCAGGAAUUAGCAUCUUGGGAGUCUGAGCAUCGAGCAAGCCGCCACAGAGACCGGAAUUAUGAUAGACGUGGAAGUCAUGAUGGGCACUCACAUCACGACAGAGACCCAGUAUCAUGGGUUGGUGCAGCAGCAACAGGUACUAUAGGUGCUGCUGUUGCAGCGACAGUGCUAUCCGGUAGGGGCUCCUACGAUGAAGCGUCUGAAGCCGCUAGCCAGCGGCGCCACGAGGAACGACGAGAGAAACGCAGGGCCGAAAGACGUCGGAUCCCAGACUCGAGUUCGACAGCAUCAAGCCUUCCAUUGUCAGAAGAGUCGAAGCAUGCGGUGGAGGAACGUCCGCAAACAGAGCGUCGACAGGAAAGUGUCAAGACCCAUGCAUUCAAGGAUCUUUAUCACAAAAAGCCGGUCUACGACAACUAUGCGCAAUUCUUUGCACCCGAGGAGCUUCGUUAUAGCCCCGACACUUACAAGCGCCGGGAGCCCACCUCAAUGCCGACCAUCAUCGAAGCGGAACCUGCGAUUGAGUCUUUACGUCUGGCGGAAGAGUCCCAUCCCGAGUAUAGCGGUCUUCCAUGGCCCGUGCCAGCACUGAAGCUUAUUGAACCCACGCCUCCUCAAAGUCUCAGUGGUUCUGUCAAAGGUGCCUCGUCACCGAUAACAUUGGUUCCUGCGCGGCCCCAAGCAAGCGAACAUACUGAGCGCCCGACAACUGGUUCACGUGUGUCGUGGGGCAGACACGAGACUCAUGAGUAUGAGGUGCCCUCCACUUCCUCCGAGCUGUCUGUUGAGGACUUCUCUAGAAGAGAAGAACAAGACCGACGGGGUGAACCAAGCUUGGCGCAAGAUGUUUACGACAUUCCCGAAGACUUUCGGGAUGUUCCACGUUCUGGCAGCAUGCCGCAUGUGAGUGGGGCCGACAUAGAAUUCGCAGCUGCCGUGGCUGCAGCUACCGCCGCCGCAGGCUUCGACCCCUCCCUUGUCACGGAUGAUCCAACCUACCAUACUACGCGGACAUCCGCCGCCCCUGAGGCUGGCACUAUCUUUGUCUCGCCAUGGGACAAUGCUGAACACCGGCGCACAGAGCCUCACGGCUUUGUCGAAGGGGAGGUCGAGACACCGGACGACGACGGGUAUGACAAGGAGAUCGGAGAGUUGUCCGGCAGAGAUCAUUCUAUUAGCCCGGAGCACGAACCUCCUAACACUACUAUGAACAAAGAUGCUGCGCCACGGAUCUCAAUUGCCCAGGAGGUAAUUGAGCAACUUAGCCAAAGACAGGAACCAAAAGACACUUUGAGACGGGUGUUCGAGACGAGCGGUAGUAAACCUACUGUAAUCCUCCGCGGUCCGCGCGAUGAAUUUGCCGCGCCUGUGGAAGAGGUUCUUUCUAUGCCUGGAGGAUUUGACACAGGAGCGCCAUUGACUCAAAUGAAGACACCCAGUGACUGGAACAAUGCGAAUAAGGAUGAUUCAAGAUCCGUGGUCUCAGCGCCUGUUCUUGGAGACAUCGAUGCGCCAACUAGACAAGAGAGGGAAGAGCAGAGUGAAAGCGAUUCAGGGCCGAAUGAAGAUGACAAAUCGUCACUUGCUGAAGCCGGCGCUUCGGACAAAAGAAGGAAAAGGCGCAAAAGACGUACCAAGCGUGAUAGUGACCACUCUGAAAACACCGCUUCAGCCGCUUCCUCCCUCACUAGACUCGGAGACACUGCAGAAAAGUCUAGAAAAGCGGAUGAAAAGGAUAAGGAAAAACGUUCCGGAGGCUUUUUGAGUAACCUUUUUGGCUCGAGAGUUUCAGAGCCGAUAGCUAGCAGCAGCUCAUCUGCCGAUAGGCGCUCCUCGCGCGAAGUUCAAUCCGAGGUUGGCCCCCGGCGCAAAGAGAAGUCUUCUCGGCGGCGCAGUUCUAGCCGAGCCGACUCGCUGGACAACAAGUCGGAGACCCGGAAGAGCAGAGACCUGGACGAUCAGAGCUUGAUCGGGCCUGAUAAAGAAAACAUUAACCUUGAGAAUUAUAAGUCCAGCAGGCAGCGAAGGGAGGGCAGACGGCGACAAAGAUACGAUGAUGUUCUUGACUCUGGAAGGUUGAAAGAGUAUGAGAAGGUAUAG